AUGUUGAAUGUUGGCCAUUAUUAUAAUUACAAAUAGUAUCAAAACAUACUUUUUAUAAAUAAAUAAAAAACUAAAUAUAUAUAGAUUGUAUAAAAUUUUUAAAAUGAUUAUUAAAAUUAAAAAUUUGAUUUAGAAAGAGUUUAAAAAUAAUUAAUAAAUGCAAGUUUGAUUGAAAAUCAUGAUGAUAUUUAAAUUGAUCAAUAAAAAGAUGAUUUAAAAAAGCAAGAUGACAAUAAUUACAAAAAAACAUUUAAUUGUAAUAAAUAGGAACUGAAUUAGCUUUCUCAAAUAGAAAAUAUAUAAAUAUUAGUAUAAAAAUAUGAAAAAAAAUAAGGAGGAUUACUUUCUUAAUCAUAUAUAGUUUAUAUUAUUUAAACUUAGCCAUUAGAUUGGACUGUUUCAAGGAGAUAUAAUGAUUUUUGUUGGCUUCAUUAAACCUUGGAAAAAGCUUAUCCUGGAAUAUCUAUUCCUCCCAUUCCAAAAAAAUAAACAACAAGAAAUUUCUAACCUUUAUUUUUAAAUAAAAGAAUGGCAUUUAUGUAAUAAUUUUUAAAUAAAAUAUUUAAAUCUCCUGAAUUAAAAAAUUCUAAAUACAUUGAAGGUUUUUUAGGAAUGGUAAGUGAUGAAUAGUUUAAAUAAUUAUAAAAAGAAAGUGAAAGAUUAAAUAAAUUAUAACGUGUUUAAAAUUUAGAAAAUUUAAAUGGAAAAGCAGAUUGUGUAAUUAAUAAUGAUAUGAAUGUCUUUUUCAAAUAAAACUAAGACUAUUUAUCAAAUUAAGAAACUAUUUAUAAGAAAAUCAAAAAAUUAUGUAAAUAAUUAAUUAUUGAUUUUGAUUAACUCUCUACUACGCUUUUUAAUCUUGGUGAUUGUUUUAAUUAAUAGCAUUAAAUUACAUAAAAUCUUAAAAACCGCUAUUCAUAAGAUGUAUUUAUUUACCAUAUUUUAUUUUAUAAAUUAAUGAAAAUAAAGGUCGGUUUACUAGAUUAAAUCUAUAUUAAUUUAAAUAAUGCUUGUGUUUAAUGGGGUAAUGUUUUAACUAAUUAAAUUAAGUUAGUUUAAGAAAAUCUAAUAAAAUGGUUCAAAUUUUAUAGCAAAGAAUCAAUAUCACUAAAAGGAUUAAUAAAAUAAAGAGAUGUCGCUGAAAAGGAAUUUUUUUCUUAUAAAUAAAAGCUUAAUUAUAAAAAAGAUAGACUAUUUACUUUAGGAGAAAUUCAUAAAUGGGAAAUUCCUUCAAAUUUUAUUAAAUUAAUUAGAUAAAGAAAAUUAAAAAAUAAAGAAUUUGCUUUCUAAUAUAUGUUACCAAAAGACUCAAUUACAGAAAUCGAAUUAAGAGAUAUUUAUGGUUAUUAUAAUAAUACAGUAUAAAAUGAAAUAAAAAGACUUUUAGGAAUAAAAGUGGAAGAAUAUUCUAAACAUUUUACUGAAUUCGCAAAAAAUUAAUCUUAUUAAGUUACAUAGUUAAGUUUCGUUUGGAUAGAUUUAACAAAUUCUAUGGAAAAUAUUUCAUAAGGUUUAUCUAACUAAAAUGAUAAUUAAAUAUAAAUUGAGAAAAAAAAUUAAUUAUUAAGUUAAUUUGAUGAUAUUAAAUAUAUAGAUGAAUGA